CAUGGACAAAAACAAGCCUAAAGGGAUCCCGUUAGAAGGUGUAAUUGUCUGUGUGUCGCAAUCGGUUAGGAAGGAGGACAAUUCAGGAUUGAUCUCUGCUGUGGAAGUGGAUUUGAUUACUGAUAAAAAACUGUUGCAAUUGUUUUUGUGUGAUCAUUUAUUGACUUUUUAUUUAUUCGUUUCGCCAUCACCGUACCAUACUUAGUGAAGUGAUCAUCAGAGCCAGUGGUGGAGAGCACGGCACUUGGAAGAAAAUAUUGUCGUCGUCGUGCUGAGAAAGGAUCUCCUACCAUGAGGGUCGCGCGGUUCUCCACCGCCCUCAUAGGGGUGUCGACCACCUCAAAUGCUCUGCUGCAGAAGAAGUCUAGCCUCAGAACACGUGGUGACGGGGUAUUCGCGAAGGUGGUGGAGGCACUGCAAAGUGCGCUGGCAGACGUGAAGUCACAACAAGCGGCGAACGAUGACGAGUUCACUAAAGUGUCAUGUCUCUGCAACGAGGAAAUCGACGAAGCAAACGAGAGGAUUCCAGUACACGAAGAAAAUAUCGAGAAAGCAAAAGCUAAGGUAAGGUGGACUCGAUUUGAAUAUUUCUUUUUGAUGGUGAAAUUGAAAACAAAUAAUUGCGGUUACUGCAAAAAGCGGAGAAAUACAGAAUCCCCGUUCCGUCUAGCAUCACGGCGGUAAUGAGAAGUAGUAAAACCGCUGUAGAACAAAUACAUAGUAGUAACGCAAGGAGAACAAAUUAUUAGUAACGACGGUGGCCUAUCAUGUGCGGAUCUCGCAUCUCUUAUGUGGGAAAAGAUCGCUGUCCUCUUCUACGGUAAGGACAAUUUCACCGCGACUAUCCCUGCGUCGCCUGAAUAAUUUCGCAGUAUGCUCCGGCGUCUGGUACAGGACAACAUCGGCAAUUAAUUCCUGGACAAACUUUGCGCCUACUCAGAGCCCGUCUUGAAUAAAUCUGCAUUGUUGAUGUGGCAGCGCGUCGAUGCCCAUCAUCGAAAAGAAAAAGGAGUAGGACCUGAAGGACGGAGACGCGGAAUUUCUUCUUUUAACAAAUAAGCGGCUAGUAGUACGUCGUCGACAGCACCAGAUGAAAAGAAAGCUCACAAGACGAAGCCCAUUCCUCCGGCACCUAGAAUAAUAAUUUCUUAAAUAUCUGCUCUAUUGGCAAUAGAGUCUUAAAUAGAUUGAGGCUACCGCCUAGGCGCAAUCUUCUCUUCAACCUAUUUUGAAGAAAUCUAAAUAAUCUAAAUCUACAUUUUCCACCUGCAGCUGCAUGGUGUACUUUUGUUACCCCACGAUCUACUUUCAGCUCGAGCAACUGCGCGCGGAGAACGAGAAGCUUUCGGUAGAAUCAGCAGAGUUAGAUACCGCGGUAGCGAAAAACACAAAGGACCUAGAAGAUGCAACAAUGAAGAGAAAAGAGGAGAAAUUCAAGUACGAUCUGGACAUGGGAGACAUGACAGAGGGCGUCAACCAAAUGACAGCAGCAAUUAAAAUCCUCACGGAAGGAACAGCGUUUUUGCAGGGAAAGAGCGUCGUGGAGGGGCUAGUGCAGAAGGUACUGAUUUAGAUUUUUUUAGAUUUUGGUUCUCAAACCAAUUUUCAGUUUUUCCACGGGCGGGAACGAUCGACCAUAAGCUUUGGUGUAGGAUUGAAAAACUCUUUGACUGGCCCAUCCAGUUUUUCAUUGUCUCCACCUAACAGCUCGAGAAGCUUCCUUCCGCUUUCGUCCCGUCAAGCGACCUAGCUCUCCUGCAGUCCGGCACAAAGACUUCUGGUCAAAUCAUCGGAAUUCUGACGAAUUUGAAGACUACUUUCGAGACCGACAUGGCAACCAUGACAGCCAAGGAAAAUGAAGCACAGGGCUACUUCGACGACUACGCAGACCGCACGAACAAGCAAAUCAAAGCUGAUACUGAUUUGUCCGCGUCUCAUAAGUCAACGAUUGCGGAUAACAGUGUCGUCAUUGCAACCACGUCAACGGAGUUGGAGACGGAAGAGUGUACUUCUGGACCUUGUGUAUUUUGCAGCAAUUCUAAAGAAUCUCAAUUCCAUCAACUGCACAAAGAAUUCAUUAAAACCGAAGGUUUUAACAAAUAAUUUUAGAUGGAAUCACGGAAGUGCUUGCUGUUAUGAUGCUUAUGCUCUCGUACUGGUCGGUGAUUGGUGAAAUUGAGCUCAACCCCCCACUUGUAGUGUUGUCUUCGGAGUUUACAACUUUUGUCUUCUUAAGGAAGCUGGAUUCCGUUGAUGCUGUCAUCUUCGUCUCAACAUCCAAUCCCACAGCCAACCUCGACGAUAUGGAGAAGCAACUGAAGGAACAGACCGCAGUCCUCAAGGACCAUACCGCGUUUCAUGACGCAACAACAGCUGCCGCGAAGGGACAGAUGGAGUCUAUCUCUGGUGCUGUGACGCUUUUGUCAUCCCCAGAAGCCAUGAAGACCAUGGCAAAGUCGGAAGAGCACAUGACCUUCCCGGACUUCUUGCAGGUGGAAGCCGCCCCAUUGAGCAAGACAUCGCUGUUGGCUGCUGUUAUGAAUAUUGGUUUUGACUUGUGAUCAAGCUGUUGUGAAGAUUGAUCGAUCUCCUUCGUAACGUUAUCCUAGAAGAUGACGUCUAAAAACGUGGUCGUGAUCAUGAUAGUUUGCCACGGAUCGUUUUCGUACUCGAUUUCUACUUGGAUGAAAAUGCUAGUACAGGAGCAAGUAGAUAAUUUUGCAAACUUCUCUAAUGCCUCCCUCGCCACCAAGAAGCGUGCUGCUGGCUCCUAUGGCUGGACCGCGAUUUACACCGCCAUCGAUGAUAUGGUCAGUUCUUUGACUGAUGAACUCGAGGAGGCCGAUCAGCAAUUCACCGACUGCGAAGCGGCUCUCAAAAUGCAUGCCGUUAACGAGCACAACUUGAACGAAGAGAAGACGAAGAGGUACUGAAAUGGACGUCAGUUAGUUAGUUAUAGUUUAUGUGGUAGAGGAUGAGAAUGAGCUCGAAUGAAUUAGCGCAGAAGUUUCUACUUAAGACGAAAAUUGUGUUAGGUAAAUCGCUAUCGCACACUCAAACAAAUCCAUCUCCUGAGACAUCGAAGAAAAUGAUGCCUCCGAUUUCAGCCCUUUACCAUUAUCUUCCUAUUCCUUUCCACCACAGACUUGCAGAAAUCGCUUCCCUCGAAGGCACGAUUGAUGCUGCGAAGGAUACUAUCAAGCUAGCCAACGAAAACAUCGCUUCUAUGACAAAGGCUAUUACAGAAAAGACGCAGAACAUCCGUACUAUCCGUGCUGACACAGAACGCGAGACUGCUGAGGCCACAGCUGCACACGCGCUUUUCAAGAAAGCUAUCGCGUUUCUGGAAAGCUUCUCUUCGACCAGUGUGGAGGGACCAAAGGAGAGUGCUGGGUACUUCUUACUCAUUCUCUUUUAUGGAUGUUGAUUUGAGUUUGAAGUUGGAUCGCGCGAAAAGACCUCUAAACAAACUCCAUCUCCACCCAAAAAAGUCAAUAAAAUCUCAAAACAGCGCCGCCUACGACACCGCCACUCUCGAGGCUGGUAAUGAGAAGGUGAUCAAGAUUGUCACUGACGUUGAUGCCGAGAUGAUGGCCAACAUCAAGAAGCUCCAGGACAAGGCCACCACCGACAUCGACACCCUCCAGGGAGAGAUCUCCGAUUCCAAGGACUCCAUUGCCAAUAGCGAAGACGAGCUCGCUAAGGCUCAGACCGACUUGGCUGACGCGACCAAGGGUCUGAACAGCCAGAACCGGUACAUGGCCAAGGUCGAGGAAGGUCUGGCCGCCGAAGCGGCUUGGUGGGGACCGGCAGAUGGCAACAAGCUCCCGGCACCAGGAGAGUUCUGCGCUGGCUACGUCGGACGACCGGAGCUGUUGGACGGAAAGAAGGUCGACCAAGAAGGCGGGUUCACCGCGACGGACAAGGAACAAGGUAAUUACGAUUUUUGUUGAACAUUUUCUUGACUUGCCCUUCUCCACUACCGGCAAUCGCAUAUGAUGCACUUUCAAAUUCAUCUCAUUGAUCGUUUCCUUUUCAUCGGACCGAGAUAUCAUCGGUCUUAACAUCACACGUCAUCAUUCCAACAAACGGUUGCUUCUCCAUGCGCCAGGUACCGGCAAAUAUCACGAAAAGACCAAGGCGGCUCGAGAGGAGAUCUCCUCGUUAGAUGCCAUGAAGAAGACAAUCAAGGACUUGGAGUCCGCCUACAUCACGCCACAACUAUAACCAUGAUGGGGAGAAAAUUCAGAAUUUCUAGUAGAUGAAGUUUGUACUUGUAGAAGACCGAUCUAAAUGUACAACGGUUAUUUUGUGAAGGAAUGCAAAGAAAAUACCGUUCACAGAUAUGAAAUGAACAUCUUGACUUUCAGCAAUUUCAUCAUAUUGACACGGGAGGCGCAGUCUUUUUUUAGUGGAAUUUUGUCCAAGAACAACAGCACAGCACCAUUUCACUUUCUUUUGGAUUUAGAAUAACAGCAUGUAGAUUUAGAACAAUAGCAGCAGUUUCGUCAUUUUUUCGUCAUUACACUUACAGUCAAAUUUGUCAUGGAUUUUAUGGUUUUUGUCGUCAAAACACUCAAAUACAAUUCUGUCCAACCGACAGGGAUUUCUCUUUUAUUUGUUUAUGUUCAUUCAUUCAGCAGCAGCAGAUUUUUGAUUAAAAGCUUACAGCACAGGAGGACGAGGAUAUCAUGAGAUUACUUAUCACGUUUACAGCAGCAGUGGUCAAGAGCAAGACUCAACAAAUAUGAUGAAAUAAGCUGAAACGUCAAAAAAAUGACCACGAAUUGUGAAGGCAGUUAUCGUGUGAUCUCUAGAAAAUCUAAACGAGAGCCGUCAGUAUGAGCACUGAAAAAAG